CUCUACCGAUCCAUCACGCAAGAGAAAGAGCGGGAAUUUAGAGUUUAAAGAUCAGUUCCCUCCUCUCAAGCUCUAUAAAGAAAAUUAGAAGAAGAAAAAUGCAGGCAUCAAGAGCAAGACUUUUUAAAGAAUACAAAGAGGUGCAGCGUGAGAAGUCAGCCGACCCUGAUAUACAGUUAGUUUGUGAUGAUUCAAACAUAUUCAAGUGGACUGCUUUAAUCAAGGGACCUUCUGAAACUCCAUAUGAAGGUGGUGUUUUUCAGCUAGCAUUUGCUAUCCCAGAGCAAUACCCUCUGCUGCCUCCACAAGUGCGAUUUUUGACAAAAAUUUUCCAUCCCAAUGUGCAUUUCAAGACAGGGGAGAUCUGCCUUGACAUACUGAAGAAUGCUUGGAGUCCUGCGUGGACUCUUCAGUCUGUUUGCAGAGCUAUAAUUGCCUUGAUGGCUCAUCCAGAGCCUGAUAGCCCUCUAAAUUGUGAUUCAGGCAAUCUCCUUCGAUCUGGCGAUACUAGGGGAUACCAAUCGAUGGCAAGGAUGUACACAAGGCUUGCCGCCAUGCCAAAGAAGGGUUGAAUUUUCCUAUCUAUUUAUGAAGAAUUCCACAUGUUAAAUAUCAGAGAACUGUUUCCAACUGUUGUUGUUGUUACUGAAGACUACUUGAAGCGAGGGAACUUUCUGUCAUUGAUUUGAUAAACCUGUAAGCUUGUCUGAUUUCUGAUUCUUCCAACUUCUAUUUUCA